AUGGCGGCUCAGAUAGCUAAGAAAGAAGAGAAGGCAGCUCGUUACGCCGAUCUCAAAGAAAAACUCGAGUCUCGCGAUGGUGAGCGGUACGUUUACAGACUCGCAAAGACCCGUAAUUGCCAGACCGAGGAUAUACAAAAGUUCUUCGGCAUAAAUGACGAAGACGGUCACCUCUUGACGGACAGCAGACAAGACAGGAAAACGAUGGCAAGAGUACUUCGAAGACAUCUCAACAGUCGAAUUUGCUCCAUACCGCAAUCCCUUGCGCUCCGAAGCAAAGCAACUGGUCCUGACGACUUAGCGCCGGACUUGUGGAAAUCAAAGGGCAGAAAUCCUGCAGGAUGGUUGACGGAAUUCAACCACGUCGUUGCAGAGAAGAAGGUGCCUGAGAGCUGGCAACAGAGAACGUCGAUUCCUAUCUGGAUGAAGGGCAGUCCUGGGGACUACAACUGCUACGGUCAAUUUCGCCCGCUCUCGCAUAGCAUGAAAAUCUUUGAGCAAAUUGUAGAUAGUCGCAUCCGUGACAUCGUCGAGCUUACCACCAAUCAGUAUGGUUUCGUGGCUGCUUGCAGACCAUCGAUGCCACACACGCAACUCGCCUUCUACUAG